ACAGAGCUAUUAAACCACAAGGAUAAUAUCUCACAAUAAUCCCAAAAGUAAUUAUUACAAAAACCAAAUUCAAACACUCAGAAAGGACAAAAAGAAAACAAAGUCAAGCUAUUUUCAAGUCUAAACGCUUUGCCUAUGUCUCUUAGCAGCCUCUUGAAGUUGAUAUCCACAUGACUGCAAUCAUUAAUGCUAUACUAAGGCAUUCUUUAAUUAAUAAUUCAAACUUUAAUAUGCUUCUUAUGAGUUGAAUUCAUUUGACAGACAUAUACACAGUUGAAGCAUUCACAAGAGAUGAGCACCGAUUCUUCUUCUACUAUUAGUUGGCACAAGAUUUCAAGAAAAAAGAGGUGCUAGCGAUCUAUCAGGGGUAUUUAAGGAAAACAAAAAACAGGGAUCUUGGGGAUUGGGUUUCAUUCAUGUUCAUAUACCUCAUCUUUUAUACAUUGUUCAACCAAUAAUUGCUUUAAUCGUCCAUCCUAUAUUCACUUCCCUCUUAAUCACAUAAAUAUCAAAUGACCCAUUCUCUGUCUUUACCAUCUACAACCCUAAUCCAACAGUCCAUAACUCCAAAAAUUAGGGCAUUACCUAGGUCAAAAUCAUCACUCAAAUCAAUCAAAAUUCAAGCUGUACAAGAUAAUGAACGAGGACCUAGGCGACUAAUUGACAUUAUUCGUAUUGUCCCUGAAAUUUCAAGAAAUUACUUUAAAACCCCUUCAAGAAGGACACUGUUUGGUGGCAUAUCAUUACUGGGUGGAUUUUAUGUGGCGCAAACAAUUUCUCUAUCAUUUGGAGCUUUAGGAGUUAAUGACGUGAUUGCUGCUGUAGUUUGUGUUUUAAUUACCGAAUAUGUGACACGGUUUUACUAUAGUAGGUCUAAGGUUAGGUGGGAUCCUGCUCAAAAGGAAAAAAAGAGGAAAAGAAAAAAGAAACCACAUAUCAGUGUUGCAAAAAGUCCAUUUGAGGGGCAAUUAAACACUGAAGCUAGCUGCAGCGCAAGUUGGUGUCAACGUGUCGUCUUGCUUAGGCAGUAUUCUGUGCAGACAAAACAAAAAGCAACAGCAGCAGCAGAAAAGGAGCCAAAGUUACAAUGCCAAAGUUAAGCGAAGAAUAUACCAAAUCGCUGCUAUUUUGAGGUAUGAUGGAUAAUUUCAGCUUUGAACUUAUACUAAGACUAAAUAACAUUGGUGUUUAUUAAGUUUUACAUCUGAUGAGAUUUGCACAAAACAAUAAGCUGUCCAGCGUGAAAAAUAUACCUGAACAAGUAGCAAGGAUUUGGAGGGACUAAAGUGGAGAAAACUUCAGUUAAACCCUUAGAUAUUCGGGACUUGAUAUCCAAGUAUAGUGGUCACCAGAGUCAAUUGA